AUGCCAACCCGGGCGCUGCUGCCCAUCCUGCUUCUCUGUGUGCUGCUGCCGCAGGCCCAGGGAGGGCCCCGCAAUCGGAAGAAAAUUCAGAAUACACAGCUGCCCACAGAAAUCAAGGCCUGUGAGAAAAGAGUGAAUAUACAUAUGUGCAAACGCCACUGUCAAUAUCACCGGGAAUGCCAAGCAAACAACAUAUGCUGUUCAACCUUCUGCGGAAAUGUUUGCGUGAACAUCCUGUGA